AUGGAGAGUAACGAUAGACAAUGUGUAUUUGCAGUACCACCAACGACCCAACCAAUGAAUGGGCCCGUCAUCUUCUACAGUUAUAUGUCUACUCACAGUCCACCAAACCUGAGUCUUCAUCACGUGAUAAUUUUUGAUGUCAACCCAGUUAACAAAGGACAUGGUUAUCACAAAGAUAACGGGAUUUUCGAAGCGCCAAGGACAGGAACAUACGUGUUUCUUUGGUCUAUUUACACUUAUCCAAGAGGUGCGAUUGGUACAGAAUUGAUUGUCAAUGGUCAGGUAAUAGGUGGCGGGUUGGUAGACAGUCACCCUGAUGACGGCGUCAUGAGCUGCACAGGCGUCGCCAUCGCUGUUUCUGCUGGUGACCAUAUAUACCUUAGGAUUUCACCCAUAUCCGUCAACUACAUUUGGACUGAAUCUGAUGGAAGAUCAACUUUCUCUGGCUGGCUUUUGCAUUAA